AUGCAAGCCACAGAGCUGGACUUCCGCCGGAGACGCGGGGAGAAGGUCGUUGCCGAACUCGACUCUGCACUGAAUGCCUGGAUUGCAACGACGCCGGAACAUCUGCGAUGGGAUAACUUUGCACAUCCAAAAGCUGACCCGAGUCCUGAGGAUGCGAUUUUCUUCGAGCAGUCAGCAAUGCUCCACGCAUCGUUCUAUUGUCUUCAAAUCUACGUCCACUGCCAAUACCUACCGAUGGUCAGGAAGCGCACCCGCGAUUCUGUCCAGACAUUGCCUUCGCUAGCAAUUUGCACCAAUGCAUCGCGGGCGACAAGCCGGAUUCUCCAUGUCCAGCGCGAGCGGAACAAAGGUCGACCGGUCCCAGAAGUCACCCCUUUCGCAUUUGCUGCCGGGCUCAUUCUGGUCAUCAAUGUCUGGAGUGCAAGCCACACAGCUGGACUCCCGCCACACAUGAACAGCACAAUAGAGCAGGUCCAGCAACUCAUCGAAGUCGUGCGGGUUUGUGAGGACAGAUGGCUAGUCGCAGGACUGUUCUAUGACAUUCUCUCUGAACUCGCCUCAGUGCCAGAGCCCCCAAAGGCGCUCUCGAAUAGUCCAACCGCAAUGCCGUCGAAGAAACGCGGCAGGCACUCGUCGGAAGCCAGGACCACGGCUUCAGUGCCAACACCGUUCGGCCGGGACGGGUUGACACACGCGAUGGCUGCUGGCCACAGCGCCAAACCCGCGACGAAUGAGGUGCACGAGUGGCUCUCGCAUUUCAAGGAAAUGACCGCGACCAGCCCGUUUGGGUUGCCGGACCGCGACGCGCCGAUGGCCCCCUGGGAGACCGACGAAGACGUUAUGGCCAUAUGGGGGGCGUCCUUGCCAACGGGAUUGAAUCUCGACGACUGGUCAAGCUAUUUUAGCACAAUGUCGCAAUUCAACUCGACAGGGUAG